GGCUGCAACGAUUGUGCGCUCUUAACUAAUCCUGAGUAAGGUGGCCACUUUGACAGUGUUCUCAUGCUGCUGCUGCCACCUCCUCGGUCUGAAGAUCUCGUUCCAACUCUAACACAGCAUGAUCGAAACAUAUAGCCAAACUGCUCCCCGCUCCGUGGCCCCUGGACCACCCGUCAGUAUGAAAAUUUUUAUGUAUUUACUUACUGUGUUUCUCAUCACCCAGAUGAUUGGGUCAGCACUCUUUGCUGUGUAUCUUCACAGAAGACUGGACAAGAUAGAAGAUGAAAGGAACCUUUAUGAAGAUUUUGUGUUCAUGAAAACAUUACAGAAAUGCAACAAAGGAGAGGGGGCCUUAUCCUUACUGAACUGUGAGGAAAUUAAAAGCCGGUUUGAAGCCUUUCUCAAGGAGAUAAUGCUAAACAAAGAAACGAAGAAAGAAAAAAAUGUUGCAAUGCAAAAAGGCGAUCAGGAUCCUCGAGUUGCAGCACAUGUCAUAAGUGAGGCCAGCAGUAGCACAGCGUCUGUCCUCCAAUGGGCCCCCAAGGGCUACUACACCAUAAGCAGCAACUUGGUAACCCUCGAGAAUGGGAAGCAGCUGGCCGUUAAAAGACAAGGACUCUAUUAUAUCUACGCCCAAGUCACCUUCUGUUCCAAUCGGGAAGCUUCCAGUCAAGCUCCGUUUAUAGCCAGCCUCUGCCUGCAUUCCCCGAGUGGAUCCGAGAGAGUCUUACUCAGAGCUGCAAAUGCCCGCAGUUCCUCCAAACCCUGUGGGCAGCAAUCCAUUCACUUGGGAGGAGUCUUCGAACUGCAUCCGGGUGCUUCGGUGUUCGUGAACGUGACUGAUCCGAGCCAAGUGAGCCACGGGACGGGCUUCACGUCUUUCGGCUUGCUCAAACUCUGAACACUGGCACCUCGCAG